ACAGUUUGAUAGUAUAGUUUACGGUGUGACUUAGGUAGUCAUGGUAAAUAUGCGGAUUCGAAUCGCAACAAAUUGCGGCGAUUAUCGUGCGGCGAUGCGCGAAACAAUUACAUUAGUGGGGAUCCGCGAUGGGGAGGCGAUGAUUGGUCGAAGCCAAAGGUAGUGUGCGCGUGGCGGGAAGGUGAGAGAUCCAAGAGAAGCGCGCUCGACGCUGGCUGCUUGCGAGAGACACUCGGCGCAGAUCAAGAAAUACGUAUUUCAAAGUUGGACAUCGCGAACGAAACUUAUUCGAAACUUUUAAGUGAAAUAUUUAUUAAUUCUAGUGUAAAUAAAAUGUGAUAAUGUUUUAUUUUAUAAAAAGUGUUUUUUUCAUCAUAAAAAUGUAAAAUAAUUUUUUGUAAGUUUAAAAAGGAAAUAAAAUAAGUUUCAAGUGUAAAUUAGUGAAAAAAGCGUCAAGGAUGUCAGGAUUAAAGUGAUUAUCAGUCGAGGAUGAGCGUUCGUCCAAGUGUCCAGCAUGCGUGUCACCCCAAACGGCAACAGACGAGGAUUCUUCCAGUUUUCGCCAAUUCUAGUCACGUUUUUAGCGUUUGCCCAAUUUAGGUACGUUUGUUGCAUUCUGUCGCUGAACGCCGAAGUAAUUUGCGCGCGAGUGUCUGGACUGACGGCAAAACAGCGCGAAAUGUGUCGCACAGAUCCGGAUGCGAUGGUUGCCAUCGGGGAUGGGGUCCGAUUAGCUCGCCAAGAAUGUCGAUAUCAAUUCCGGCAUCAACGAUGGAAUUGCACAGCAAUUGGAAAUCCGGAAUCUUUUGGACACGUUGUUGUUGUUGGUUCAAGAGAAGCAGCUUUCACCUACGCGAUACACAGCGCAGGGGUGACCUACGCCAUUACAGCCGCAUGCGCACGAGGUAACAUCUCCACCUGCGGAUGUGCAACAGGUCCACGCCCUCGGGAACCCACCCCUGCUGGAUGGAAGUGGUCGGGGUGUAGUGUAGACGUUGCAUUUGGGAUGCGUUUUGCGCGGAAAUUCCUCGAUGCCAGGGAACUUGAAGGCGACGAGCGGUCUCUCAUGAAUUUACACAAUAACAAAGCUGGUCGUAAGGCGAUUAAAUUGAAUCUCAUCACCGAAUGUAAAUGCCAUGGUGUAUCUGGCAGUUGUACGAUGAAAACCUGCUGGAAAUCUUUACCACCAUUCCGCCAUAUUGGUGAUAAUUUAAUGAAAAAGUAUUAUCGCGCACGGUCGGUAGCCACCAUGACAGCACAACCUCAACUUACAUUACACAAACGUCUAGCUCCGAUUAGACCUCAAGAUUUACUCACAACCACUGGUAAAAUUCAUCUAGUGCUUAAAAAAGGCAGAAUUCCCACGAAAAAACGUCCAAAACAAACAGAUUUAGUAUUUUUACAAUCAUCUCCGAAUUAUUGUGAGAAAGAUCUGGCGUCUGGUUCACUCGGAACCUACGGCAGGAAUUGCAAUAGAACUUCACAAGGUCACGACGGUUGUAAUCUCAUGUGUUGUGGACGAGGAUACAACACGCACCAGUUCAAUAGACAGUGGCAGUGCAAUUGCAAGUUUCACUGGUGCUGCCAGGUGCAAUGCGACACGUGCAGCGAACGAGUAGAAGAAUACACCUGUAAAUAGCGUUGCCAUGUUGGCGACACCCUGUAGAAGGAAUUACUUAUAUGCAUAUUUUUAUACGUCUAUUAUUCGUUUCAAGUCUGAACGCGAGGAAUACUCAUUUAAUGAUAUAAUUUAUUGCGGUAGUGUCAACAUGUAAAUAGUUUAAUUAUUAGUAACGGAUUAAUUCAUUUCUAACGCUAAUGAACGGAAUGCUGAGACGGUUUGAUUAAUUACCAUCAUUGAAGUAAUUGCACAUAUUAAUAUCAAAGUGGAAUAAAAAUGAUUAAUACCGACAUGUUUUAUUUA